AUGUCACGUCAUGGUGUUAAUAAAGAAAAACAAGAGUUGGAACAAAAACCUACAAGAAGACGAAGUAAUUCACAUACUGGUCCCAUAAAUCUCAUUCCAAUUUCUGUGAUUAAUCAUAUCAAAAGAAAAGUAAAAAAACAAAGAUCAGAAAAAGAUGAUUCAUUAUAUCAUUCCGAUGGUUUAUCAGUUAAGUCAAUAAAUGGUAUUAUAAACAUUAAUAAUAAUAAUAACAACAACAACAAUAAACAAUCAAAUGAAAAUCACGAUGAACAUACAGAUGAAGUAUCACCAGAUUCUGGCCGUUCUCGUACAUUUACAGCUCCAGCUAAAUUAUUGAAUAGAAUCUCAUCUGAUAAAAAGAGUCCUAGCACUAAUAUUCAAACUAAUGUGGUUAGUGAAGAUGAUGAACUAAAUUUAAUUAAUUCAACUGAAAUUAAUGUUCAAGACCAAACAAAUUAUAUAUCAGCUGAUACCGAUCAAAAAUCGACGAAAACAAAAUGUAAAAAAAUAAAAGCAACGAUAUCUCUUCCUGAAACAAGUGGUAAAAAACGACGACAAACAGUUCGACGAACGGGUUUCCAAUUACGUGAUGAAGAUUUUAGUAAGAUAUUCAACGAUUUACCAUCAGAUGAACAGUUAAUUAUCGCUUUCCCAUGUGCAUGGCGAAAAGAUGUGUUUAUACAUGGACGAAUGUUUCUGUCCGUCAACUACUUCUCCUUUUAUACAUGUUUUUUCAGAUGGGAAGAAAGUUUGUGUAUUCCUUAUACGGAUAUAAUCAGUAUUACACGAGAAAAGUCUGCUAAACUUGUUCCAAAUGCAAUUAAAAUACGAACAAAAAAUCAAGAACAAUAUUCUUUUGUUAGUCUAACACCAAGAGAAAAAGUUUUCAUUGCUAUAUUUCGAUUAUGGCAAAAUGCAUUACUCGAUCAGCCAAUAGAUUACCAAAAAUUACGAUCGCUUGUGUAUGCUGAUCAACAAAAUCACGAUGAGUCAACUGUCGAUAGUGAAGAAUCUAUUAAUUUAGAAACUACUGUUGAUAUUCCUACUGAGUCAGCGCCUGAUACUAAAUCAAAUGAAGUAUCUUCAAAACCUCCAAGACCAUCAACGAAACGACCAAAACUAGUUCAUCAAGCAACUGUUUCAUUAUCAUUAGAUAAUGAACCUAUAAAUUAUUUACCUACUUGUUCAUGUGAAACUCAUUUGGCAAAAACAUAUGCUGAACGAACAUUUACUUUCAGUGUUGAUAAACUUUUCGAGUUAAUAUGUGAUGAUAAUGAAUUUACACGUGAUUUUCAUGUUUCACAAAAAUUAACAGAAUUUACUUAUGGUGAAUGGAAUUCAAAUAAUGAAACAAACAAACGAGAACGUCAAGUAAUAUACAAAACAGUUUCACAAUCUAUUUUGGGUACGAAUACCCUAACCUGUCGAGAAAAACAAACAUUAGAAGUUGACAAACCACAUUUAAUGUACGUCCUAAAUACAGAAGUAUAUAACGAAGGAAUGAAAUACACUGAUGCAUUUUAUGUUGCAACAAAAUUUUGUAUGGUACAAUGUGAUUCUGAACAUAGUUCAUUACGAGUUACUGCUGAAAUCAGAUAUAUUAAAAGUGUAUAUGGUUUUAUUAAAACAUUUAUUGAGAAAAAUUCUCAUACAUAUAUAGAAAAUGGAGUUAAUGAACAAGUUCGAAGACUUGAAAAACAACAAAAAACACAAAUCAAACGUAAAUCAAUUAUAAAAUCACUAUCGAUUAUAAAACAAGAUUCUCAAGAAUCAAUAGUACCUGAAAUAAUACCUGAAAAUCACAUAAAACAAGAUACAAUUUCUUUACGUGAAUCAAAUAUACAAAUAACUGAAAAAACAAUAACUGGGAAAGGAAUUACCUAUGAUAUUGUCAUGAUAAUUGGUAUAUUCUUAUUAAUUCUACAUAUUUAUUUAUGUUAUAAACUUUAUUCUAUUGAUAAUGCUUUAUCAGUAAGUGAUACAGUAUGUUUUAAUCAAUGUAAAAAAGUUUGUUUUGAAAGCAAAUGA